CAACCCAUUAUUCAGAUUUUCCAGAGCCGAUUCCAAUUUUAUUGUUAAGGAACUUAUGCGCUAGCUUGAUUUUGUUACGGUUGUCUAUGAUAGGCAUUCAAUUCAUUUCAUAUAUUCAGCUCCCCAUGAUCUUCCCUCCAUUACUCCCACUUUGAAGAAGAAACACACACACAGAGAGCUCCAAAACCUGUUUCCCAAUUGAAUCGAAAUCAAUGAAGGAUUGAAUGAAGACACCACUCCAAUCUGUUUUCAGAACCAUAACCAUUCGUGCUUACUCAUCACCACCACCACAACCAACAAAAUGGACCAAAAACAAGAACCUCACGACAAUGUUCCACAGGUACGUGGACAAGACCAGCGUCUCUUCUUGGAACUCCAUCAUUGCCGACCUCGCCCGAAGCGGCGACUCCCUCGAGGCCCUCCGCGCCUUCUCCUCCAUGCGCAAGCUUUCCCUCAUUCCCAACCGCAACACCUUUCCUUGCGCCAUCAAAUCCUGUUCUUCGCUCUUCGACCUUUGCGCCGGAAAACAGACCCAUCAACAGGCUUUCGUCUUUGGCUUUGAAUCGGAUCUCUUUGUUUCCUCGGCUCUUAUUGAUAUGUACUCUAAGUGUGGCCAUUUGGAACACGCCCGAAACCUGUUCGACGAAAUUCCCCAAAGGAAUGUGGUGUCUUGGACUUCAAUUAUUGCCGGCCAUGUCCAAAAUGGUUGCGCUGCUGAGGGCAUUCGCUUGUUUAAGGAGCUUUUGGUUGAAGAGAGUGAGAAUGUGGGGUGUGUUCAGGAGGAGGAGGAGGAUCGUUUCGUGGAUCCGAUAGUUGUAAGUUCGGUGCUUUCGGCUUGUUCGUGGGUGCGGCAGAAGAGAACUACUGAAGGGGUUCAUGGUUUUGUGAUUAAGAGGGGGUUCGACGGGUGUUUAGGGGUUGGGAACACGUUGAUGGAUGCUUAUGCAAAGUGUGGGGAGAUGGGUGUGUCAAGGAAGGUGUUUGAUGGGAUGAUUGAGAAAGAUGCUUACUCUUGGAACUCUAUGAUUGCUGAAUAUGCACAAAAUGGAUUGUCAGCUGAGGCAUUCAAUGUUUUCAGUGAUAUGGUGAAGAGUAGCAAGGUCAGUUAUAAUGCUGUGACAUUGUCGGCAGUGUUGUUAGCCUGUGCAAAUUCAGGAGCUCUGCAGGUUGGGAAGUGCAUACAUGGUCAGGUUAUAAAGAUGGAUUUGGAGGAUAAUGUUUUUGUAGGUACCUCUGUAGUAGACAUGUACUGUAAAUGUGGGAGAGUUGAGUUGGCUAGAAAGGGGUUUGAUCGCGUGAAAGAGAAGAAUGUUAAGUCAUGGACCGCUAUGGUUGCUGGCUAUGGAAUGCAUGGUUGCGCAAAAGAUGCUUUGGAAGUCUUCUACAAGAUGAUAAGGUCUGGAGUCAAACCGAACUACAUCACUUUUGUGUCAGUUUUGGCUGCUUGCAGCCAUGCUGGUCUGUUGGAAGAAGGAUGGAAUUGGUUUAAUAGAAUGAAUCACGAAUUUAAUGUUGAGCCUGGAAUUGAGCAUUAUUCGUGCAUGGUUGAUCUUCUUGGCCGUGCUGGUUAUCUUAAUGAGGCUUAUGGAUUGAUCAAGAAAAUGAAGGUGAGACCUGAUUUUAUAAUAUGGGGUUCCCUUCUUGGGGCUUGUAGGAUUCACAAAAAUGUGGAACUAGGGGAGAUUUCUGCUAGAAAACUAUUUGAGUUAGACCCAAGUAAUUGUGGGUACUACGUACUACUCUCGAAUAUAUAUGCUGAUGCUGGACGGUGGGAUGAUGUCGCGAGGAUGAGAAUAUUGAUGAAAAAUCAUGGAUUGCUUAAAACACCUGGAUUCAGCAUAGUUGAACUUAAAGGUAGAAUACAUGUAUUUUUAGUUGGUGAUAAAGAGCAUCCUCAACACGUUAAGAUUUACGAGUAUUUGGACAAAUUAAAUGUUAAGCUGCAAGGACUGGGCUAUGUACCUAACGUAACAUCAGUGCUUCAUGACAUUGAUGAUGAAGAAAAAGGAAUGGUUCUAAGAGUUCACAGUGAGAAACUUGCUGUUGCCUUUGGAAUCAUGAAUUCAGUUCCUUGUGCAACUAUCCAGAUCAUAAAAAAUCUUAGGAUUUGUGGUGACUGCCAUGCUGUAAUUAAAUUGAUUUCCAAGGUGGAAAACCGAAAAAUUAUUGUCAGGGACUCAAAGCGGUUUCAUCAUUUUAAGGAUGGGUUCUGUUCUUGUGGGGACUAUUGGUGACAGCAAUGGAAAUAAAGGGAGUAACGUGUUCAUUGUACAUUACUGUCUACAUAAACAAUGCUUUACGAGAAGCUUCAUGGACGUAAAGUCAUAUUACCAUUGCAACUUUGCAUAUCUAUCUGGAACACGGUGUUCAAUUUGAUUUGGAAUGAGUAGUGGAUCGAUUAGUUCAAAGUUAGUGUAAUAAUUUUCAGUUGCCCAUAUAGAUAGCUUAUUCCAAGUUCUAAUAAUUAUGAUAGAAGGAUACGGCAGGAGCUCAAUAAAAGCAAGUGUGAAUAAUGAAUAGCAUAUAGACGAAAUUUUGACUUGAGAACAUCAUAGAUCAUUAAGAUUGUGAAAAACAAGAAUCUCGCGCCUAUAUUUACCCUCAAUUCCACGGGUAUAUCUUUGGGAAUUUAUUCAACAUUUAUGCA